CCGCCCGCCUACACAGCACAGCGAAAGAAGAGGAAGAAUCGCCGUAGAAAAUACUGCUGCUUGUAAUAACUAGAACAAAAUCUGAACAAAUCCGGAGGAGCAGGAGGAAGAGGAACCGACCGAGCUGCUUGCGAGAGACUGCGGCGAGCUCCACCGCGAGCGAAAAUAUUUGAAGAUCCUUGGUAGUUUCCAGUGACGUUCUUUCCCAUCAAGCAAGAUUCAUCAAGGUGAUGGUUCAGUCUCAACCCUGCUGACCUCCAUGUCCGGGGCUCCACGCUCCAACCUUGGACUAGUUCCCAGGGAUAUGAAUGGUAGCCUUCCAGUUAGUACUACGAAUUCCUCUGGGCCGAGUAUCGGUGUUAGCUCUUUGGUGACCGAUGGCAACUCAUCACUUUCUGGAGGUGCCCACUUUCAGCAAAGUACAAGCAUGAAUGCUGAUUCAUUCAUGCGCCUUCCUGCCUCCCCGAUGUCGUUUUCGUCCAAUAACAUCUCUGGCUCUUCAGUCAUUGAUGGCUCCAUCAUGCAGCAAAGUCCACCUCAAGAGCAGAUGCAGAAGCGGAGAUCAUCUAGUGUAACAUCUCAACCUGUGAUUGGUCCCGCUGCCGCAUUUCAUGCUCAUGCUCAGAAGAAGCCAAGAGUUGAUAUUCGGCAAGAUGAUAUUCUCCAACACCAGUUGAUUCAACAGCUGCUCCAAGGCCAGAGCUCUCUUCAGCUCCAGGGCCAACAUAACCCACAGCUGCAAGCCUUGCUCCGGCAACAAAAACUGCUACAAUAUCAGCAACAGCAGCAACAUCAGUUGUCGCAGCAAUUUCCUCAGCUUCAACAAUCUCAAGUUGCCAUACCUCUGCAGCCACAGUUGAGGCCGCCGCUAGCACAGCCGGCAAUGCAGCUAGCUGGACCUGUUAGGACCCCCGUCGAGAGCGGGCUUUGUUCUCGAAGGUUAAUGCAGUAUUUAUAUCACAAGCGUUACCGGCCAGAGAAUAAUCCCAUAACAUACUGGAGGAAGCUUAUUGAUGAAUAUUUUUCCCCGCGAGCAAGAGAAAGAUGGUGUGUGUCAUCAUAUGACAAGAGAGGGAAUACUUCAGCUGCUAUUCCGCAGAUUUCUCAGGACACGUGGCGUUGUGAAAUUUGUAAGACACAUGCAGGGAAAGGAUACGAGGCGACCUGUGAAAUACUUCCUAGACUCUGCCAAAUUAGAUUUGACCAUGGUGUUAAGGAUGAAUAUCUAUUCCUUGACAUGCCCAAUGAAUUCCGGUUGCCCAAUGGACUGCUGCUCCUGGAGCAUACUAAAGUUAUUCUGAAGAGCAUCUAUGAGCACCAACAUGUCACACAUGAGGGGCAUCUGAGAAUAAUAUUCACCCCAGAACUAAAGAUUAUGUCCUGGGAGUUCUGUUCACGGCGACAUGAUGAGUAUAUAACUCGCAAGUUUCUAACAGAACAGGUUACAAAUAUGCUGCAAGUUGCCCAGAAUUACCAAGCUAUUGCCAAUAAAAAUGGGCCUGCUGGGGUUUCGAGCGAUGAUGCACGAAAUACUUGCAACAUGUUUGUGUCAGCAUCACGACAACUAGCGAAAAGUAUAGAUCACCACAGCCUAAAUGAACAUGGGCUUUCUAAAAGAUAUGUUCGCUGCUUACAGAUAUCAGAGGUGGUGAAUCACAUGAAGGAUCUAAUUGAGUUCAGCCACAAGAACAAGCUCGGUCCUAUAGAGGGCCUUAAGAAUUAUUCCAAGCAAACUGGACCUAAGCUUACGGGGCAGAAUAUGCAUGACAUAAAGGGCGUCAAAUCGGAAAUGAGCCCCAAUGUGAAUAAUGAGGUUCCGGGUGUUGGAGCAAUUGGUAAUAAUCUCCAGAGUCCGGCAGCACAAAACAGCUACCAGCAUAUUCUGAGAAGCUCAAGUGCAAAUCAGGGUCUGAUUCAGCAGGAGGCAUCACAGAGUGCUGUUGCGAUAAACAAUUACCAGAAUAUGCUUAGAACCUCAAGCGUAAAUCAGGGCUUGCUUCAGCAGGAGGCAUCUCAGAAUACUGCUGUGCUAAACAACUACCACAAUGUGCUUAGAGGCUCAGGCGCGAAUCAGAGUUCGCAUCAGCAGGAGGCAUCAAGUAUGUUCAAAGGUCCUACAUCGGUGCAUAAUGGCGUUCAGCUGGAAGCUUCUAGAUCGUUCCGUGCGGCUCAACUUGGCCAGUUCCAGCAUCCCAUGUCGUUCCAGCAAGCUAUGCCCCAGCACCAGCAUAACAAUUUCCAGGGCCUGGGUGCGAGCCCCCAAUUCCAGCAGCAUGUGAUACAUCAGCUGAUGCAAGAAGCCAAGAAUACCAACAACCGCCCUCUGGCGCAGCAGCAGCAGCAGCAGCAGCAGCAACAACAACAACGUCCUAGCACUCCCAAUGCAAACGGUGGUCUCUCAUCCGGAGCUGCGAUCACCAACAGCGCUGCUAGCGGAGAGCAGGCACAGCACAUGAAUAAUGGCGCGGCAAAGGGUGCCGCUCCAAUGGGCGUGACAGGGCCUAGCAAUCUGAUCAAUAACAGUGGAGCUGGCAUCGUCCAGCGGAGUAGCAGUUUCAAGUCAGUGAGCAGCAACCCAGCCACCACUGGUGGGAAUGCCACGACUCCAAAGGCUGCGGAGUCUAUGCAUGACAUGGAUGAGCUUGACCACCUUAUCACCAACGAGCUUGCGGAGAGCGGCCUGUUCAUGGGAGAGCAGUGGAACCUGUGACACACCGCAUCGUCAACCACCUAAGUUUCACUACUCAGAGUUGCGUCUGGUGGGAAAUUGCCAUAGAUGUUCUACUUUUCUUUUUUGAGGUCUUGUUUCAGUUUGGAACAAUCUCUGGUGAUCAUAGACUGAUGAAAUGAAACCUUCAGUUAUGUGAGCGAGUGAGAGUACUUGGCUUGGAUAGCGUUGCAACCCAAAGUUAUUAACUACUAUGUAAUGACAUGAUGUGGUUGUCACUUGUGCUGCUACCUCCAUGAUUUUAUUAUCAGUAUUUGACUUGAA